UACGUAAAUGUCUCCUGUAAUAACAUUUUAUGUUGGUUUGUUUUUUCUUGUCCUAAUGUCAAUACUCAAUGCUAUAGCUUUUUUUAUAAUCUUAGAAAGGGGAUAUCUUUUUGUGUCCAAUGAAAAGUUUAAGGUAAAUGAUUGACACCCAUUUUAAAUAAAUAAAUAAAAAGAAAGGUAAGCGAUAAUAUGUUUUCUCUCACUCAUUCAUCUAAGUGAUUUUCUUUUCAUGGUUUUGACGUGCACAUAACAAUUAUUAGCAAGAUUAAAGGGUUGAAAUUUUGUUAUUUGAACUAAAGUUGGGUGUUAAUCUUUCGGAUUUUUCGGAUCAUAAUCUACCUGAUUUUCUUUGUAAUGUUAGUCAUUUUUAGCUUUACCCUGUUAAUUUAAAAUUUACACAGCCAAGAAUCAUGUAAAGCAAUUAAUUUUCCAGCAAGAAUCUUCAUUACAUGUUUAUUUAUUCCGUUCCGUUCCGGCCGGAAAUUACUGUUCCAGCAAGUAAACCGGAAUGGUAUACCCCUUGUUCCACCUCGGAACAAAUUCCGGGGGGUUCCGGCCGUUUCGGGUGAUUUCGGGAAAUACCGGCCAAAAUUUUGGAUUCGGCCGGAAUGAGUUUAAUGUGAAGAAAAAUUGACAGAAUAUAAGGAAAAAUCUUAUGAGCCACGGUGAGGGGGGAAAAAAUAAAAGAAAGGAGGAGGAGGUGAGUAUAAAAAAAUCAAGGGAAAAAAACAAAAGGAAAAAGAAGAUAAGAAAGAAAAAAAUAAAAUCAAGAAAAGUAAUGAGAUUUAUCAUUUAUGUAUGCUUCCUCUUAGAAGUUAGAACCCAUGUCUAUGCAAAGACUCUACUAGAACCCAGCUGAGAAGAUCUUUGAGAAGUGAACUUGAGAUGGCGUUUCAGACUUUUAGCAAGAGAAGCACUCUUGUGAGAAACAGAGUGAAGAGUUUUAAAGAUUUUGAGUGACCAAACACCAUGGCCAAGGACAAUUUACAGGUGCUAAAUGCGCUUGAUGUAGCAAAAACACAAUGGUAUCAUUUUACUGCAAUCAUCAUUGCUGGAAUGGGAUUCUUCACCGAUGCAUAUGAUUUAUUUUGCAUCUCUCUUGUGACAAAGUUGCUUGGCCGCAUAUACUACCAUGUUGAUGGAGCAGCAAAGCCCGGCACGUUGCCUCCCAAUGUCUCAGCUGCUGUUAAUGGUGUAGCAUUCUGUGGAACUCUAGCUGGUCAGCUCUUCUUCGGGUGGCUUGGAGAUAAGAUGGGCCGGAAGCGAGUCUAUGGUAUGACUCUCAUGCUCAUGGUUAUAUGCUCCGUUGCUUCAGGUCUUUCCUUCGGCCACAAUGCAAAAUCUGUCAUGGCAACACUUUGCUUCUUCCGGUUCUGGCUUGGUUUUGGAAUUGGUGGUGACUACCCACUUUCUGCCACCAUCAUGUCCGAAUAUGCUAAUAAAAAGACUCGUGGUGCCUUCAUUGCUGCAGUCUUUGCUAUGCAGGGCUUUGGAAUUAUGGCUGGUGGUAUAUUUGCGAUUAUUAUUUCAUCCACAUUUAAGGCCAGGUUUGACGCUCCAGCCUAUGAGGUUGAUGCACCUCGCUCAACUGUUUCACAAGCAGAUUUUGUUUGGAGGAUUAUUCUAAUGGUUGGAGCACUUCCUGCUGCACUCACUUAUUACUGGAGGAUGAAGAUGCCUGAAACAGCCCGUUACACAGCCCUUGUUGCCAAGAAUGCAAAACAGGCUGCAUCUGAUAUGUCAAAGGUCCUUCAGGUUGACCUUGAAGCAGAACAACAAAAGGUAGAACAAAUAACUGAAAAACCAGCCAAUGCAUUUGGUUUGUUCUCAAGGGAGUUUCUUCGUCGCCAUGGACUUCACUUGCUUGGGACAACAAGCACAUGGUUCUUGCUUGACAUUGCAUUUUACAGCCAAAAUCUGUUCCAAAAGGAUAUUUUCAGUGCAAUUGGAUGGAUUCCUCCUGCAAAGACCAUGAAUGCCAUCGAGGAGGUUUAUAGAAUUGCAAGGGCACAAACACUGAUUGCUUUGUGCAGUACUGUCCCAGGGUACUGGUUUACAGUGGCUUUCAUUGACAAGAUAGGAAGGUUUGCUAUCCAACUGAUGGGUUUCUUCUUCAUGACAGUGUUUAUGUUUGCCCUGGCCAUUCCAUACAACCACUGGACUCAUAAGGAUAACCGCAUUGGAUUUGUGAUGAUGUAUUCGUUAACUUUCUUCUUUGCAAAUUUCGGGCCUAAUGCCACCACAUUUGUUGUGCCAGCUGAGAUUUUCCCGGCUAGAUUGAGGUCUACUUGCCACGGCAUAUCAGCAGCAUCUGGGAAACUUGGGGCUAUGGUUGGUGCAUUUGGGUUUUUGUAUUUGGCUCAAAGCCAGGACAAGACCAAAACAGAUGCAGGGUACCCUGCUGGAAUUGGAGUGAAGAAUUCACUCCUUGUGUUGGGUGGAAUCAACUUCUUGGGAAUUUUGUUUACUUUCUUGGUGCCUGAAUCGAAAGGUAAAUCUUUGGAGGAGAUGUCUAGGGAGAAUGAGGAUGAAAAUGGAGGUCCAGAAUUGGAACAAACAUCUUCUUUUAAUAGCAGGACAGUUCCUGUUUAUUAGGUUGGCUCAGUGAGCAAUUGCUCACCAUUAAACCCUUCCUACAUUUUCAUUGAGAGAAGGACGAUUGUUAUAUUUUGUUCUUCUUCUUGUCCGUAAGCAGUUUCUUAGAAUAAGUCAUUUCACAUCUUGGCAAGAGGCGUCAACUGCGUCACUUUCUUGUACUUAUUGUAGUUUGUUCUUUUGCUUAAUCUUGCGUAGCAUAAGAACUUUUCUUUGU